UGCCGUGAACGCAGCAUUGCCGCGUUAGCUGUAGCGUUGUUGUUACAUUAUUAUUUUGUCUUAAAUUAUGUUUGUAGCUCGUAGUAUUGCCGCAGAUCACAAGGAUCUAAUCCACGAUGUGUCGUAUGAUUUUCACGGCCGGAGAAUGGCGACGUGUUCCAGCGAUCAGAGUGUUAAGGUUUGGGACAAAAGUGAGAACGGAGAAUGGCACUGCACAGCCAGCUGGAAGACGCACAGUGGAUCCGUGUGGAGGGUGACCUGGGCUCAUCCAGAAUUUGGACAGGUUCUGGCCUCCUGCUCUUUUGAUAGGACGGCUGCUGUGUGGGAAGAGAUUGUCGGAGAAUCAAAUGACAAACAGAGAGGACUGAAUCACUGGAUCAAAAGGACCACACUUGUGGACAGCAGGACUUCAGUGACUGAUGUAAAGUUUGCUCCUAAACACAUGGGCCUGAUGUUAACCACCUGCUCCGCUGAUGGCGUGGUGAGGAUCUACGAGGCUCCUGACGUGAUGAACCUGAGCCAGUGGUCCCUGCAGCAUGAAAUCUCCUGCAAACUCAGCUGCAGCUGCAUUUCGUGGAACCCCUCCAGCUCUCGCACACACACCCCGAUGUUCGCUGUGGGCAGUGACGACAGCAACGUAGCGUACGGUGGGAAAGUGCAGAUCUACGAGUACAAUGAAAACACAAGGAAAUAUGCCAAGGUGGAGACUCUGACGACGGUCACUGACGCGGUCCAUGACAUUGCAUUUGCUCCAAACCUGGGAAGAUCUUUCCAUGUGCUUGCUAUUGCAACCAAAGACGUCCGAAUCUUUAAACUCAUUCCUUUGAGAAAGGAGAGUGUCUCUUCAGGGCCCACCAAGUUUGAGGUGCAGAUUGUGGCUCAGUUUGACAACCAUAACUCUCAGGUGUGGCACGUGAGUUGGAACAUCACCAGCACCCUGCUGGCCUCCUCCGGGGAUGACGGCUGUGUGCGCCUGUGGAAAGCAAAUUACAUGGACAACUGGAAGUGCACCGGUAUCCUGAAGGGGGACGGCAGCCCGCUGACCGGCUCGUCUGGUCAGCCCGCCACCAUCACCACUGUGGUGGGUUCAUCUGGUCAUACCUCCCAGAAUGCCCUAAACGGUGUACCUGCAGGAAGACUUGGAGGUUUUCACAGGCGUGAAGUUCUGGAUCUUGACCAGACCACAACCCAGCAUACUUCAUUUUUAAAGAAAGUCUCAGGAUCCUGAAUUCAACCCAACACUUAAACUCCACUUUUUGCUGACACUCACACUUAUUUUCAUUGGCGCCUUCUGUUUUUAAUCAACAAGUGAACUAGUCCCACAAAUAACUGACAGAGCUUCAGAACUUAUUUUCAUUAAUGAUUGAGUCAUCUUUAUUAUGAUUAAUCAAUUAUUUCCUAUAAAAUGUUGGUGUGGUUGGGGGAUUAAACAAAAAAGAAACCUGUGCAUUUUUGGAGGCAAAAGGCAAAUAUUGCUUCAUUUUGUAUGUUUGAAAGACUUGAUUGUUUGGGUAAUUUAUAAAAACCACAUUGUCAAAUUUAGAGCGUGUUAAAUCAAGUUCACCUUUGGUUUAGACUUGUUUAAAAGCAGUUCUCAAACAUUUGGGUUAAACUGGAUUUAAACGAAUUUGUUGUUUGAAGUCACUUUAUUAGUUUGUACUGGGGUGAAAGUGUUUUCAUACAGAUUAUUACUAAUUUAGACAUCUUAAGUCCAAUUUACCAUUGUCAUUGAAAUGGUUAAAACCAGUUUACAGGAUUUAAACUGGAUUAAACCCAUUAAAAUCAUUUAAAUCCACUAUACUGGUGUGAAGUUUUGUAGAAUGGUUGGCAACCGGAUUAUGACUAAUUUAGUUAAAAUGAGUUGGUUGACACCAGUUUAAUACUUAAAGUAUUUUAAAAUCUGUUUUAGGCAGUUUGGCACACUAACAAUUUGGUGUCCGUCAAAUUUAUCUUAAAAGUGAAACAAAGCAGGUGAGAUAUUGGAAUAUUAAAAAUGAUUUAGUAUUUUUAUUUUACACUUGAAACAUUACACUGUUUAGGACAGAGGUCUAAAACCAGUUCCAGAAAGGGCCAAGAGAGUGCAGGCUUUCUGUGAAACCACCCACUCCACCAGGUUAUUUCACUGAUUAACUGAUUCCACCUGCUCAAAGUGAUGAUGAGGUUUGAGACCUCUGGUUUAGGACCUUUUUUAAUCGUGUUGGUCUGCAGACCUGACGUCUGUGCCAGUAGAACCGAAACGUAGGCGCGACCUGUGAUGACCUCUGAUCGAGUCUGUAACAUGUAAUCUGACUUUAACCUGAGUGAUGUACAGACUGUGUUCUCUGAUACUGUUCUCAUCUAUUAACUUGUAUUGUUAAAAAAAUGAAUUUGCAUAAAGGUUUUCUUGCUUUCCAAGGA